AUGGAAAACCUUCCCAGAGGGCCCCGUCGAGAUUAUCGCAGACCCAGAAACGACAGAGACCCGAGAGACUCGUACAGAGAAUACCGUGGCUCUUAUCGAGAACAGCGAGGUUACUACGGAGACACCGGGUAUGAUAGAGGAUACGCACGAAAUAGGGAAUAUAGACCUGCUAACGGAAGGCCCUCGUUCCAGAACAACUGUCCGCCGCUAGAAAAAAUCGCAAGAGUGUCUCUGUGGGACAAACCAGCGCCGGGGUUUGAGGGAGUGAGCGCUGCGCGCGCCAAAGCAUGCGGCCUAUUCCCUGAGCCGGGCGAGCCCUCCAGAACUACAGACCAGACAGAAAUACAGAGACUUCUAUCGCACGCUGCCACCAAUUACCGCUCCCAGGCGUUCCAGGACUCCAAACUCACCCCUCUGGACUCGCGUGUGGCCAAGACGCUGAUUCUGCGAGCCGACUUCAACGUUGUGCGUCUGGAACGCGUGAAAAAGUAUCUGGAAAAUUACCUGCUUGCAAACAUCGUCCCGAACGUGAACUACGAGGACGUGAAGAUAGAGAUGCAUCCGACCCAGGACCCCAGCACAGUGAUUGUCCAGACUCUGCGCUCAACGGUGGCCACGGCGCUUUUUGCGCUGACCGGCCUCGAUGUGCCUGAGCUGAACACCACGCUGAGCUUCGAACGGCCAAAAGAGUACGUGGUGUUCAAUCCAAACGACACGUCCGUCCCGCAGGAGCCUCUCGAGGACGUGGUCGAGUCGUCCCAGCUGUAUCUGGCCAGAAACGUUCCAUACGGCACGCCGCGAGAAAAGUUGCUCGAGCUUCUGCAACCCCUGGGGAAAAUACGCUCUUUGGCACAGGUGCUUGACAAGUUGUCGUACGAGUCCAAGGGAGUUGCAUUUUUCGAGAUGGUGAGUGAAGACCCUGACGUUUUGACUAAACUCAACAAACUAGCCAUAGACGAGCAAGAGCUGCAGGUUUUCCCGGCCUGUGAGAACGCAGAGCGCAAAUACGAGCAGGCCGUCAUUCUGUCGGCAGAAACACUGUUUGGCGUGCUUCAGUCCGACAAAAUCAGCCCGCAUGCUUCGUCGGAAAUAGUACAGUUCCUCAACUGUGUUGCAGUGGAGGAUCUUGUUGAUUCGGCGAAAUACAACGAUAUAAAGGUGGCCUUUGAGGCCGAGUGUUCUUGUCAUGGACAUAUCGAAAAAGUGCUGAUUCCCAGACCAGAGGGCGAUUUCCGGCCGGGCAUGCCUACGAAACCGGAGGUGGGCAGGAUUUUUGUGAAGUUUUCGACGGCAGAAGAGGCCCAGAAGUGCGCCGAGGCACUUGCUGGACGGAAGUUCAACGGACGCACAAUUCUGGCGGCGUUCUACGAGGAAGAAGACUUCAACAGGGCGCUGUUCUAG